AUGGGAAGACUUUUCCUUAUCGAUCUGGAAGGAGACUUUUAUAGUUGCAAGCAUUGCAAGACAGCUUUUGCCCUUGUUGAUGAUAUCAUUUCCAAGUCAUUCCAAUGCAGGCAUGGGAAGGCUUAUCUUUUUGACAAAGUUGUGAAUGUCACGGUCGGAGAGAAAGAAGAACGGAUUAUGAUCACAGGAAUGCAUACUGUCGUUGACAUAUUCUGUGUUACAUGUGGUUCCAUUGUUGGAUGGAAAUAUGAGGUAGCUAAGGAGAAUUCUCAGAAGUACAAAGAAGGAAAAUUUAUCCUUGAAAGGUAUAAGGUGUUGGGGCCUGAUGGAUCAGAAUACAUGCCUCCUGUAGAAGAUGCUGAAGAUGCUUGA